AUGUCUAUCUCCGACGGUAUCUAUAAGAUCUCCAAUGUCGGCAGCAGCGCGUAUCGUCUCGCUUUCUAUGACUCUGAUACCGUGAAGGCCAAUGACUCCAGCAAUGUCAAGGUUGAAAUCAAGAACCAGUCCGGAGGACAGAUGAUCCGUUUCAACGACAGCGGAGUCAAUCCGAGCACCAGUGAUUGGUUCGGGUACAGCACUAACCUCAAGUCCGACAACCGUGUUAUCCAAAGAACUGAAAAACAAGGCCUAACAGGAGACAACCUGUUAUGGGCUGUGACUUCUGCGGGGCCUGGCCAAUACUCGAUUAAGGUCUGGAAUGAAAAUGCUGCUUGGACUUUACCGAGCACCCCUAGCAACCCGAGCGAUAUUUACCUAGAGCCUGCGGAGGGACAGAAAGGUCAACUAUGGAAGAUCGUGGAAGCUUACGUGUCCUUUGUUUCUUCUCGUCCUCUCAGUCGGACUCGGUCUGCUCCCGCCGCCAAGAGACAGGCCCAGAUCUUUGCGCUCAAAGAUUAUGCAGAUUUCCAAAUUUCUACCGGAGUAGCUGGUGAUGCACUCGCCCGGGCCGAAGCCGUAUUCAAAACACCUCUUGACGGGGUUGACUUGGCCAGUGUUUCUGACGAAGAUCUCGAUAACCUCAACACCAUGCGUGGAGCCGCGUCCAAGUUUGAGUCCACCGACUUUAACCCGGCCAUCAAGGCAGCUACUGGAGAAGAAGCUGACGCUCUACAGCGCGGAAAAAUCGCCAAUAAGGUGCUUAAGAAUCUUGGCUCAGUUAUGAUUGCAUCUAUCAAAGAAGCUAAGGCGAAGGCUGCAGGUGAAGACCCCUCUGAGUUCACUGCCAAAAUCACAGAGGAAACAACGAAGAUGAACAAGAAUGCCGCCACUGACAAAGCUGAUGCUGGGAAGGCCCUCGCUACCCCACUCAAAACUGGUGUUCAGCGUAUCCGUUCCGCGAAGUCCAGGCGUAUGGCCAAUAAACGCGAUAGUGUCAAACGCCAAGUGCUCAUGCCACUCCGUGAUUAUAAGGACUUUCAGAUCUCAACUGGAACCGCUGGAGACGCUCUUGCUCGCGCCGAAGCCAUCUUCAAGACACCUUUCGAUGAUAUAGAUCUUGCUACCGUCUCCGACGAAGAUCUGAAGAAUUUGAACACCAUGCGUGGUGCUGCCUCCAAAUUUGAGACCACCGACUUCAAUCCAGCUAUCAAAGCUGCCACCGGUGAAGAGGCGGCGGCUCUCCAGCGUGGAAAGAUAGCCAAUAAGGUACUGAAGAAUCUUGGGUCGGUUAUGGUUGCUUCUGUCAAAGAGGCCAAGGCUAAGGCUGCUGGAGAGGAUGCAUCCAAGUUCACCGCUACCAUUGAGGAAGAGACAAAAAAGAUGAACAAGAAUGCUGAAACAGAUAAGGCUGAUGCUGGAAAGGCCCUCGCUACAGUAUGCACCCUUAAAGUAAACUUAUAUGGGAGUCUUGCGGCCACGGGGAAAGGUCAUAUGACCCCUCAAGCACUGCUCAUGGGAUUUGAAGGCUCGGAUCCUGAAACUAUUGAUACUGGUACAAUUAAUUCCCGCUAUGACGGGAUCUUACAAAAUAAGUCUUUGAAUCUCGGGGGCGUCCGACGAAUCAAAUAUGAUAUGAACCGGGUUGGAUAUGCUCUGGAGGUGGACCAAGUUCUCAAGACCCACCCCAAUGGAAUGAGAUUCUCAGUUUUUGGAGAGGAGGGCGAGCUACUUGCAACCAACGAAUAUUUUAGCGUUGGUGGUGGAUUUGUCGUAAACGAGAAAACCAAAGUCGAUGAAAAUUUGUUCUAUAAGGGUGUCCAUAAACAUAAGGUAGAGCCCGCGCGCCUUUCUCAGACCCAUGGGCAAGACCUGCCUUCUACAAUUGAUACACCUGGGUCAUCCAUCACCAGCGAAGAACUAUUGUCCUCCUCACAAUCUCAGCCGCCUUAUCUCUUUCACAAUGGUGCAAGUUUACUAGAAAUGUCUAGGAAGCACAAUAAAACGAUUGCCCAACUGGUGUAUGAUAAUGAGCUCCAUUAUCUAACUCCCGUCGAGAUACGUAAAAAGAUACUCAAGAUCUGGGCUACAAUGGAUGAAUGUAUUCGAAACGGUGUUUCCUCGGUUGAAACCGAGCUUCCCGGCCGACUUCGGUUACGUAGACGUGCCCCGAUGCUGUAUAAACGUCUAAUGAGAGGGUUCUACCCUGGUUUGUCCGCGGGAAUAAAUGGCCCCGCCAUUGGUGGUCCCUCAAUUUCACCAGUACUGGCAAGUCCAAUAGUCGAAACCGGCGGGUUUGGAGAAGAUAUAAUAGAUUCAGCCAAUAGGCCAAGCCAUCCGAACCGAUUUGAUUUCAACGAUGGCGAGGCGAAUGAACCGGAUGAUUCUGGGGUUUUUGGGAAAGCAGCUACAAGGAGGCCUGCGAGAGUGGUCGGGUCAUUUCAUCAUGCUAUUUUGCCGAUGCCAACACGGAAAGCUGUGUUCCCUGCCAUGGACUUUUUGUCGUGUUAUGCAAUCGCAGUAAACGAGGUCAACGCGGCAGGCGGACGUAUUGUUACGUCUCCAACAAAUGGAGCUUCCGGUGUUAUUCCGGCCGUGUUGAAGUAUAUUGUGGAGUUUAUCAGCGAAGACCCCGAAAAGGAUAUCGCUACUUUUCUGCUGACUGCUGGUGCUAUUGGGAUGCUAUUCAAGAGAGGUUCAACUAUCUCAGCGGCUGAAGAUAUGUUUCAUACAUCCAAACCUCAGAAUCUGGUGAAUUCACUAUCGACGCGACUGUUUUCAGGAGGCUGUCAGGCUGAGGUCGGUGUGGCAUGUUCAAUGGCGGCAGCAGGAUUCGCUGCAUGUAUGGGAGCGUCUCCCGAAGUCAUUACUCAAGCAGCUGAAAUCGGAAUUGAACAUAACCUUGGGUUGACGUGUGAUCCGAUUGAUGGCUUAGUCCAAGUACCCUGCAUUGAAAGGAACAGCCUCGGAGCCGUUAAGGCAGUAACCGCUGCGCAGUUGGCACUUGCAAGCGAUGGAGUACAUUCGGUGACCUUGGAUGAAGCAAUCGAAGCCAUGAGGCUGACCGCUCAAGACAUGAGUGUUAAAUACAAGGAAACCUCGUUGUCGGGGCUUGCCACGACUGUGAAGAUUCCCCUCACAUCCCCCGCAUGCUAA